UGAAAGUUAUCUGUAUUAAAAUUGACAUAAUGGACAAGAAAUAUCAAGUAUUUAAAGGAUAAGCAUACAUGAUUAAUCUUCAAGAUUAUAGUUUAAUUUACAAAAAAUGUAUGCAACAAGACUUCUCUCCAUGUACAAAAAAAAUCCAAGUGCACUUUCAGAUCCACCACCGUCAGGUCCAAAUUCAGGUUAUCUUGUGAUAUUUGAUGAAGAAGCUCAAACCUACUCUUGUUUUGGAUUAUGCAAGAGCAAUAGAAUCAAGGAUUUUCCUAUCCCUCAGAACAAAAACUUAACCAUCGAGUAUUCAGUAGGAGAAGACACUGAUACAGAAAAAGCUAUGUUCAUUCCAGUGUUGAAUCAACCACUGUCUUCAAAUCGAUACUAUGUUAUAAAAAGGAAGGGAAAGAAUCAAGGGCAAGCUAGCACAAGUUCAAAGGAAGAGGACAUGGCCACAUGUUUAUGCUGCAAUUUUGUCCGUGAUGUUAAACCAAGACCUUUGGAGCCCUUCGAUGAUUACCAACAGGUUGAAAUAAUCAAGAAGGGUUAUGGUUUUCGUGCAAAAUCGGUGGCCUCUGAUGGAAUUCCUCCUGGUUUAUUAAGGGAAAAAGGGUGGACACUUCAUGCUAGCACUCCCGAUAAUUAUCGUUUAGGUCAAGCUUUAGGCUCAAAUGAUUCCUUGCGUUCCAAGCUACCGAAUUUCAACUUUCCGUUGUCUAAUGAUCGUUCUGAAUCUGUUGUUGUUGGAAAGUGGUAUUGUCCUUUUAUGUUUGUGAAGGAAGGAAUGAGAUUAAAGGAGCAGAUGAAGAUGUCGGUAUUCUAUGAGCUAACACUUGAGCAAAGAUGGGAGAAGAUAUUUUCAAAGGAAAAUAGUGGAGAAGGUGGUGUGCUUGUAGAUGUUAAUAUUCAAACAGAAGUUGCUAAGGUUGCAGGAAAAGAUGCUGUUUGGGAUGAAAAUAAUUUGGUUGGUGGAGUAUUAUGGUUUAAGAGUGUUGAAGAAAUGGGAGAAGAGAUAAUAAGUGUUGGAUUGAGUUUAGAAGUUGUUGAAGGAAUGAAAUGGGAACAAGAGAGAUUUGGAUGGAUUGCUGGGAAGGAAAGACAAGUGAAAGUAACAAAGUUUGAAGAGUUUGGUGGAACAAAUAAUUGGAAUAAAUUUAGUUGUUAUGUUUUGGUUGAAAGUUUUUCUUUGAGGAGAAUGGAUAGAAGAUUGGUACUAACUUAUGAUUAUAGACACUCUCAUCAAAUUAGGAGUAAAUGGGAAUGAUUGCUUUUAAAAAUAUUUUGUUGAUGUUAUUUUGUAUUGUAAGUGUAAAAGUAAAUCAUUGUAUCUCACUAUAGUAUACCAGUUGAGGCUCACUAUUGACCUCAUUAGGGAGGGUCAAUGAUUACCUUCUAUAGAAAACUUGGGUAUGAAUUGUCAGUCCCCUUAUGCUUGUUAAUGUCUGGUUUUUAUAAUACCUUCUUAAGAUUGUAUGAGAUCAUUUAUUGAGAUUUAAGUCUCAUAUCUUUAUCUAUUAUGACCAUUAAUAUGA